AUGAGUGCUGAGCAAUUUCACAUCAUACGCGCUGACUUUGUUCUGAAACUCAAGCAGUGGCGUCGUGGCGAGACUGAUCUAACGCCAGCUCAUAUGGCUGAGAUCCUAGACUGCAUGGUAGACGACCUCGAUCAUUUUCAGACCGCUAUGACCAGUGAGACUGCAAUUUGCUUCCCAUCCAAGUGCGACUUGAUCAAGCUUGAAAUGCUCCGAUUGAUCGAGCAGCUGAAGCUGAUCACAACAAUCAACCUUGAAAUUGGGGAGACUAUGUCCUAUAUCGGUGCCGCGAUUGGCCGUAUAACACUUGAAGGUAAAUCUUGUGUUGAUGACAUCGAGGACCUUGAAGCUGCGAGAGCGACAGUUGAAUUUCAUCACAUCCAUAAGCUACACGUCUGGGAUAUGCCCGAACUCGGUUUUACCGAUGAGGCCGAGCAGCUUCGGGUCAGGCUUUGGACGGUCUAUACGAAUGUUAACUUUUCCAGGGGAGGAUGUGGUUGUUUUCAGUGUCGUACGGCUUGGAUUGGAGGACGGUAG